AUUGAAUUUCUUGGUCUAAAAGUAUAAGAAAAACAGUACGACACAAAAUAAGAAUGUUUAAUAAUUGUUCGUGGAAUUUAAUAACAUCAACCUGGUAGUUAUAUUUUUAUAAUCCUCUUUUUCCCGAACGCGCAACAAUAAUUAAUUAUCCUUAUCUCGUAUUUACAUGUAUUAAUUUAAUUUUCUGUUUUAUAGACAGUGAAUUUUGUUUAAGAGAGAUAAGAACUCGUAGAAUAACCUUUAUUAUUGUGCCAGUAUAUCUACGUAGUCAAUUUAUUUAAGAUUUCUUAUUUUUCUAACAGCAUAAUCGAGGUUACGCUGAAAUUAUAGUUUUUAAACCCACAGAAAUGUAAAAAGUUAGUUUGUUUCUUUAUUAGCUUGUUUUACACAGUUAGUGAUAAUAAUUAACGUUAAAGUUGCGUUUGAUAUGGUAUAGAGUUACAUUUACGCGUGGUGGUAGAAAAUUAAUUGAAUAUGCCAGUGGUGCAAUCACGAAAUGUGCCUCCAAAUAAUGGGAGUACUUCAAGAGAAGAUAGUUUUCGGAUAGAACAUAUCUACAGACCUAGAAGUAGUAGCUGGGGCAAUCAAAACCAUCGCAGAAGACGCUCACCAUCGAUUAUACAGGUCCAACAGGAUGCUAGGAGAAGAACUAGUUGCAUGCCUACUGUGAGUGAAGAACAAACCAGUAAACUUCAUAUUAAGGUAAUCAAAGGCAGAAGUCUGAUGAAAAAGGACAUAUUUGGUGCUAGUGAUCCUUAUGUUCGAAUUGAUUUAUUACCAAUUAAUGGAGACGAAGUGAUUGAUUCAGUACUAACUCGGACCAAAAAAAAGACAUUGAAUCCUGAAUGGAAUGAAGAAUUCAUAUUUAGGGUUAAACCAACUGAACAUAAGCUAAUAUUUCAAGUGUUUGAUGAAAAUAGGCUGACGAGAGAUGAUUUUUUGGGUAUGGUUGACUUGCCUUUAGUGAAUUUACCCAAAGAACAAGAGGGCCGUGUAAUACCACCAGUAAAAUAUCUGUUACUGCCUAGAAGCGGUUUCAGUGUGAAAUCACGCGUCAGGGGCCACUUAGAGAUUUACCACGCAUACUUGUAUGAUGGUGAGGAUGCCCCAGUUGCGGCACCUGAGGAGCCCAUUAAUACUAAUGAGUGGGAGAUCGUUGGAGAAGGCAGAGAAGAAUCAGCAGCUCAGCCAGUUUUGGUGAAUUCUUCACUUGCUGAGACUCAAACUCCUUUACCACAUGGCUGGGAAGAGCGGCAAGAUGCCAAUGGCAGAACGUAUUUUGUGAAUCAUUUGGCGAGAACUACACAGUGGGAGAGACCAACAUUAACAAGUAAUACUCCUGAAACUGAGGAAGUCACUCGAGGUGAAGAUAGACAAGUUUUUGAAAGAAGAUAUCAUAUAAGUGCUGAAGAACAAAGCAAUGGUAGCAGAGGAGAUGUAUCUAUUAACAAUCAGCAACCCGAAGAUGAUGAAGAACAGCCACCAUCACAGCACCCAGACGUUAUUUCAACGGAAGACUCAUCCUUGGACACAGUAUGGCCUAGAAACCUCCAAACGCACUUAGAGGCGCCACUAACCAUAACUAAUGGUGCUACCGACAACAGGAACUCGCAGAUAAGCGACGCGGGUUCGGACCUAGCGAACCCGGCAGGCGCAGUCGCAGAUUCGGAUUACGAUGGUUCGGCAGAGAGCGAAGGAGGUGACAGUAGGAGGAGCUCGGUGGAAGUGUGCGUGGUACCAGCCAGGGCGGUACGCAGCGGCAACACGAGUUUUGACAACGUGGAUAGCAAUAAUUCGUCAAGAAGAGAUUCCCCUGUGUCGGGUAGCAAUAAUACGUCACAAGUUGAUCUGACUAUUGUAGGGGAUGAUUUACCUCCAGGCUGGAGUGUACAAAAAGCACCCAAUGGCAGACUGUUUUUCAUUAACCACCAUGAGAGGACGACAUCAUGGGUAGAUCCAAGGACGGGCAGGGCCAGUCCUAUGCCCAACCAACUAGCGGUUCAACCAGCAAACAGAAAACCCGAAGACGACUUAGGGCCUUUACCUGAGGGUUGGGAAGAAAGACUGCAUACAGAUGGAAGGAUAUUCUUCAUAGAUCACAAUACGAGAACGACACAGUGGGAUGAUCCUCGGUUAUCCAACCCUGAAAUAGCAGGUCCGGCCAUACCAUAUUCUAGGGAUUAUAAACGAAAGUAUGAAUAUUUGAAGACAUCAUUAAGAAAACCGACCAAUGUACCAAACAAAUUUGAAAUUAAAGUAAGAAGAAGAAGCAUAUUAGAAGACUCCUUCAGAGUGAUAAGAACUGUAGCUAGAGUUGACCUUCUUAAGACCAAACUGUGGGUAGAAUUUGAAGGCGAGGUUGGUCUAGACUACGGAGGUUUAGCGAGAGAAUGGUUCUACUUGUUAUCCAAAGAAAUGUUCAACCCUUACUAUGGACUGUUUGAAUAUUCUGCAAUGGAUAAUUACACACUUCAAAUCAAUCCAACUUCAGGAUUAUGCAACGAAGACCACUUAGCUUACUUCAAAUUCAUUGGCAGAGUGGCUGGUAUGGCUGUAUAUCAUGGGAAACUUUUAGAUGCCUUUUUCAUUAGACCUUUUUACAAAAUGAUGCUGUCUAAACCGAUUGAUCUCAAAGAUAUGGAGUCUGUGGACUCAGAAUAUUACAAGUCUCUUCUAUGGAUAAAGGAGAACGACCCUGCGGGUUUAGAUUUGACGUUUUCGGUGGAUGAAGAAAUCUUCGGCCGUACUACCGUCCACGAACUGAUUGAAGGUGGCGCUAAUGUACCAUUGGAAAAUUCAAAUAAAGACGAAUAUAUUAAGUGUAUUAUACAGUGGCGGUUUGUUGGAAGGGUCCAAGAACAGAUGAAUGCUUUCCUGGAGGGUUUCAGCGAUUUGGUGCCGUUGAGCGUAAUAAAAAUUUUCGACGAAAACGAAUUGGAGCUGCUAAUGUGCGGUAUACAACACAUCGACGUAAAAGACUGGAAACAGAAUACAGUCUACAAAGGAGACUAUCACUGUAAUCAUCUCGUUGUUCAGUAUUUUUGGAGGGUUGUGUUAUCAUUUACUAAUGAAAUGAGAGCCAGACUGUUACAAUUUGUCACUGGUACGUCAAGAGUACCCAUGAAUGGCUUCAAAGAACUCUAUGGGAGCAAUGGUUUGCAACUGUUUACCAUAGAAAAAUGGGGCACGACAGAUAAUUACCCGAGAGCACAUACUUGCUUUAAUCGGUUAGAUUUGCCACCAUACGAAAGCUAUGCCCAACUGAAAGAAAAAUUAGUAAAGGCCAUAGAAGGUUCACAGGGUUUUGCUGGCGUGGAUUGAACAUAGAGAAAUUAAAAACAAUUUAUAUACUUAUAUACACAUAUAUAUUAUAUAUAAAUAAUUUUUUGAGAUUAUUUAAACAAAUCUGUCCAUUACAUCUUAAGCAUUUUCCAAUUUGAGAAAAACUUUUAGCUCUUUACUGUUAAUGUUGUCUGCUUGGGGGAAGGGGGGGCUGGAAGUCUUCAUUAAUUUGGAGGCAGCAAAGCAGAUAUACAUGGUGGUCGGAAUUGUAUUCCAGAAACUUCCGCAGCAUAUUCUGCAGGUAAAAAUAAUUAAAAAAUUUCUUAUAAAUGUAUGUCCUAAAAUGCUUAGUUUCGGAGAUACAGGGUGUAGAAGUUUCA